CAGCUGCCACCCCCCCAUCCAGUUUUCGCAGUCAGUUUUAGCUGUUUGCAAUUAAAGACUCGCCGGCUCUUUGGCAACUGGCCCACAGAGCGCUUCUCUUGCUGUGAGACUGGCAAGAACAAAAAUAUACAACAAAAAUUACUUCAAUAAAUGAUAGCCGCUGCGGAUGAGGGAGCAACUCGGCUCGCCUGUUGCCGUCGCCAUUCAGCUUUUUGUUGAAUGCAGCAAGCUACAUUGCCAACUCGCCAUCAUCAUCAUCAGCAGCCAUCAGAGCAGCAGCCAACAGAGCAGCAGCCAUCAGAGCAGCUUCUUCGAGUGCGAACAGUUAUCGGAAUGCCACGCCCCCGGAGCGCCUAGCAGCAGCAGCAGCAAAAGAGCGGAGGGAGAAGCGUAAAUAAAUAUGAUUAAGCUUAAGAAUAUAUAAUAAAAAAAAAAGAGAAGGAGAAGGAGCAGAAGAAGACGCAGAAGAAGAGGGAAAGUUCAAAUGAAAUAACGCAAUAUAAAAACAUAAAUAACGAAGAAGAGUACAAAUAAACAAAAAAAAAAACGAAGACGAAGUACAAGCAGCAAAAGAAGCAACAGAAUCAGAAUCAGAAGAGUAGAAGAAAGCACGCAACAAGAAGAAGGAAGGUGCAGCAGGCAAGCCAAAGGCGAAGGCGAAGGCGCAAAAGGUGAAGCAUACAUUUGGCCUGCUGCAAAACGACAAGAAAAAAAAGGAGGAACGAGGAACGGGGAAGGAGCAGCAGUAGCCAACGCAAGAAGAAGGAGGUGGAGCAGCAGCAGAAGAAGCAGUACACCCCAUCCAGCAGAAGGAGAGAACGAAAAAAUAUAAGAGCAGCAGCCGGACAAGAGAGAAUCGAGCUCAAUUACGCCGCCAAACUGUCGUGUCAGCAAGAACGUGAAAUGUGCAAUUCCUGGCUGCUGCUCAUAAUUGCGCUCUCCGUCGUCGUCUGCCUGUGGAACUCGCAAUACACCGAAACAUCCAAAUCAUGCCCAGCCGAGUGCAUCUGCUUGUCCCAGACUCAAGUGCUGUGUAACACGGGCGGCCUCGAACAGAUUCCGCUGCGCCAGCUGCCGGCGACAGUGGAGAAUCUGGCCCUGACCAAGAACAACUUUCCGAUCAUCAAGCCGGACUCGUUCGCCGGACUGCGGGCGCUGAAGAAACUGUCGCUGGACGGCAACAACAUAACGCGGAUCAAGCAGUUCGUUAGGGGACUGCCGCGUCUCAAGGAGCUCUCCAUACAGUACACGCCACUGCAGACAGUGGCCCAGUUCGCCUUUGCGGGCCUGCAAAAUCUGUCAACCAUACUGCUCAGCCACAACCAGAUUCAGCGGAUCGAGGGCAAUGCGUUUGCGGGCACGUCCAACAUUAAGCUGAUACUGCUGACCAACAAUCCACUGAUACGCAUUGACAGCUCGGCCUUCUCCAGCCUGACGAAUGUGGGACACCUGAUCCUGCCGUCGGGCAUUCGCAGCAUCGAGCAGGAUGCCUUCUUCGGCAUGGAUGCGGUGGGCCUAUUGAAAUUGGCCUACAUGGACCUCAAGGAGAUCGCACCGUUCACCUUCCGGGGCCUGUCCAAUGUGCUGCUGCUGACCCUGCAGGAGUCCGAUCUGGGCGUUGUCUGUGCAGACGCCUUCACCGGCCUCACCCAGGUGGAGACGCUGCAGAUCCUCAACAACAAGAUCGACUCCAUCGAGGAGCUGAACUUCACCAGCACGGCGGCCAUCAAGCAUCUGAAAUUCUACGGCAAUCAUGUGCUGGAGACGCCCGACCCGAACGCCAUCAUUGUCGACGGUGUCGAUCAUCUGCAGCUGAUGAACAACCAUUUCCCGUGCGGCUGUCACAUCCACACCCUGCUGGACGGACCCCUGGCCGAGGGCGCCUACAACCUGAGCGACUUCCUCCAGAAGAACUACUGCAUCUCGCCGCUGGAGGUGAACGGACGCGUGAUGAGCGAACUGGACAUCGAUUCGAUCGGCCGCUGUUCCGAUCAGCUGACCAAGGGCAAUCUGGGCAGCUCCGCCGCCUCGCUGGCGCUAAGCAUCAACACCAUGUUCCUUAUAGCCGCCGCCAGUUGCGUGGAGUGGCGCCAUGUCCGCUUCCUGGCCACACGGCUCGUCCAGCUGCUGGGCCAUGUGGCCUGGCGACGACGUCGGAAACGGCGAAAGGGCAACUAGAUGG